ACAUCUGAAAAAGCUUAGAUCUGGAGAAAACAGCUCCAACUUUUUAUUUCAGAUAAAUUUUAGGGUUUACGGAGAGUGUCCAAGAAAAACAAGAAGUUGACGACAAUGAACCAAGGAAAUUCUUCGAAUGGGUCUACUUCAAAGUUCUUUAAAGCUUACGUUCCUGGUGAAUCCGGAGAUGAUCUGGUGCUACCCAUUUCUUUCAACUGCUGUUUACCAAAUCCUCUGCCUAAAACUGUUACUAUUAGAAGUACCUACGGAAAGAUUUGGAAUAUGGUGUUGAGGAAAUGUGGUGGUGAGGUUGAGAGAUUUGUUUUGGUUAAUGGUUGGAAGAAGAUAGUAAAAGACGAAGAUCUGAACGGUGGAGAUCUCUUGGCAUUUGAGUUUGAUGGUUCUCGGUGUUUUAAUUUCUCUAUCUACGAGCAUGAGACCAUGUGUAAGAGGGUUAAGAGAAGUUCAGAGCAAAACUUGGAAUCUGAUGGUGAAGAAGAAACUAGGACUAGCAAUGAUGUUAUCGUUUUGCAUGAUGAUGAUACUGAUGAUUCUGAUUCUGAUUAUCAUCAUGCUUCUGUUGAGGAUGAUGAUGAUGCUGAGGAUGAGGAUGUUGAGCCUGAGCCUGAGGAUGAUGCGGAGAAUGAGCAUGAUGAUGAUGUUGAGGAUGAGGACAAGGAUGAUCACAGGAACCCACAGUUCACUGUGACACUCAAUCCAAACAGGAAAAGCCAACUGCACAUACCGGCUCAUGUCAUAAGAGACUUUGACUUAACCUUCCCCGAACGUAUAACAGUCGUGGACAAAUUGGGAGCAUUGGAGAAAGAAAUCAAGAUUCAAGUGAAUGGCUGCAUCUUUGUCAAAGGAUUUGGAAGUGUCUUCAGAAGGAACAAAGUGAAGACGACUGAUCAAAUGAUAUGCGAGGUUAAGAGGACCGGUGCUAAUGUGGUUCACACCAUCAAGGUCAACGUUAUCAGAGGAUGAUCUCUUCACCUCAUUAAGCUUUUAUGAGUCUUAUGUGUCGUAGCUGUGAGUUGGUUUUAUUGUGUUAGCAAUGCUAAAACGUCUAUCUUAGGAUUUGGUUUAUAUAUAUAACUAAGGAUUUGGUCGAGAGAGAUGUUAAAGUAAAUCAAGACUUUUUUAUAAAGAGUUCCUGAAUCUCAUAA